GUAGCAUUAGAUGCCUGAGCAGUUCGUGGGUUGCCUGUGCGUGCAGUGCUCUGCUCUUAGAAACGUCUGGAGAUAGGGACCCCGCUGCAUCUCUGCACUUGCUGCAUUAACUAAACUGUUCGCUGUCUAGAGUGAUCCGUAAUUAAUUUUUUGGGGGCGACAUUGAGGAAUUAAACUAUGUGAUCCGAUGGCACCUUCGUAACUCUUCGCAGGGCCUUUUCGUUCGGUAUUUUCGGUACAUUCAAAUUUACCUGGACUUUUUUUUCGCGUGAGGAGAGCCCCCUUCCCCACUUUUUGUCCAAUUUACUCUUCAACCUGAGGAUAAUACCUGUACCGCUUCUCAUGGAACAGGCUCAUCCCUCCGUACUCAAGCGGCCGUCCAGCACCACGUAAUAUUUCCUCAAGAAACGCGUCCACCAAUCGGAUCCCAAGAAUCAUGGACUGUUUCCCCAUGCUUUAUUUUCUGUCAAGACAUCAUGAUUCCUGGUAAUCGAAUGCUGAUGGUCAUUUUAUUAUGCCAAGUCCUACUGGGAGAGAGCAGCCAUGCUAGCCUAAUACCCGAGGAAGGGAGGAAGAAGGCCUGGGGGCUGCAGGGUCGUCACCCGGAUCAGAGCCAUGAGCUGCUGCGGGACUUCGAGGCCACGCUGCUGCACAUGUUCGGGCUGCAGAGGCGGCCGCGGCCCAGCCGCUCGGCCGUGGUGCCCCAGUACCUGCUGGACCUGUACCGGCUGCAGUCGGGCGAGGCCGAGGAGCCCGGGGCGCAGGAGGCCGCCUUCGAGUACCCCGAGAGGUCCACCAGCCGCGCCAACACCGUGAGAGGCUUCCACCACGAAGAACACAUGGAGCAGGUGAUGUCAGACGGGCCGGAGGGCGGGAACGCCCCCCUGCGCUUCCUGUUCAACCUCAGCAGCAUACCGCAGGAGGAGCUGCUGUCCUCCGCGGAGCUGCGCCUGUACCGGCAGCGGGUCGACGAGGCGGCGGGGGGGCGCGCCGACGGAGGGGGCGAGGGCGAGGGCGAGGGCGAGGGGCUCCACCGGAUUAACGUGUACGAGGUGCUGAAGCCCCCCAGGCCCGGGCAGCUGAUCACGCGGCUCCUGGACACGCGGCUGGUGCGGCACAACGCCUCCAGCUGGGAGAGCUUCGACGUCAGCCCCGCCGUGCUGCGGUGGACGCGGGACAGACUGCCCAACCACGGGCUGGCCGUGGAGGUGCUGCGCCUCGACGGCCGCGCCCCCCCCCCGCCCGCGGGCCCCCACGUCCGCGUCAGCCGCUCCCUGCACCAGGCGCCCGCGGAGGACUGGGACCAGCUGCGCCCCCUGCUGGUCACCUUCGGCCACGACGGCAAGGGCCACCCGCUGACCCGUCGGGCCAAGCGCAGCGCCAAGCAGCGGGGCCGCAAGCGCAACCGCAACUGCCGGCGGCACGCGCUCUACGUGGACUUCAGCGACGUGGGCUGGAACGACUGGAUAGUGGCGCCGCCCGGCUACCAGGCCUUUUACUGCCACGGGGAGUGCCCGUUCCCGCUGGCGGAUCACCUGAACUCCACCAACCACGCCAUCGUGCAGACGCUGGUGAACUCGGUGAACACCAACAUCCCCAAGGCCUGCUGCGUGCCCACGGAACUCAGCGCCAUCUCCAUGCUGUACCUGGACGAGCACGACAAGGUGGUUCUCAAAAACUACCAGGAAAUGGUGGUGGAGGGGUGCGGCUGUCGCUGAACGGCCCGGAAAAAGAACGCUGAACUAAAUUUGUCCGACUUAACACCUGAACAUCCUCACCUGGACCCUUAUUUAUAACUUUUAUGUUGAGGUGUACGUUUGUCUCAGUUUUUUGUUUCUUUGACAAUAUGAUCAUAUAUUUUGACAAAAUAUAUAUAUAUUUAUAACUACAUAUUAAAAAUAAAAGUGAGUCCUUAUUUUAAACAUAAAUAAAUAAAAAGCUGUACAACGUUUCAUAAUGUAUAUUAGAUUGUAUAAUGGUUUUUUAAAAUGAGAAAAUAGUAAAAAAAAAUCUAAAAAGUAAAGUUUAUAUACUGGUAAUAUUUAUUGCUUUCAUAUUAUAUACAUUAUACAUCCAAAAAAUUUAUAAAUUGCCUUCCACUAUUACAUUUGAACAGAACAGAAGAAACUGGAUGAACCAUUUACGUUUACUUAAACAAGGGCAUGUGUGAACUGAUUACAAAAUACAAACCACUCUCUAAAUCAGUUCACGUAAUCUGAAAAGUGCAUUUGUGCUACUUCACCACUUCGUUAAUUAUAGUAUGGUGGUUCUAGGAAUGUGGAAUCUUUAUUCGGUAUCUUUGAGGACAUUGUAAGAAGCAACAUACAAAAAAAGGUUUGUUGGAGAAAUAAGUAUCAAUUGCCCCUCUGUAUUUUGUUAUUUUGGUUUUAACCGAACACCUUUUAUCUGAUAUUUAUUUACCUUUUAAUGCAGACAACCAAAUAUCUAAGCUCCAUAGUUCUGAGAAUUAAUUCUGUCAGUAUAUGUCCUUCCCAAAUGAAUGAAUGUGUUUCUCGGUCUCAAAUUCUACACUCCAGAUUUAUAUUUGCGCACAGAUAAAGAGUCUGGGGUGAUGAACCCGCGUCUAUAUUAUCAAUCUGAUAACUGACGGGCAGGCUGAAUCGCCCGGGCAGUGGCAUUCCUUGUGUUUAUUAUGUUUUAUCCAUUGCAAUACGCGGGUAAAAAUCACCGAGUUAAUUGUACUGCAGAAUUUUUAUUCGGACUAUUCCACUAAGUGAUGUCUUUGCCAGUAAAAUGAUCAUAAUACCUUACCAA